AUGCUUCCAAACUUAUCAAGGAAAAGCUUGGCUGAUGUAGACGAAAUUCAUCGUUUUACCCGGCAUGUGAGUUUGCCAAGAAGUAUGAGCACUUUAUCAAGGAGAAAGUGCAACUAUGAAACUGACCUUUCAAAAGACAUUGAGUCAUAUUGAAAUGCAAGAAAAGAAGCUCAAGAAUUCAAUAAGCCUUCAAUACCAAAACUGUUUAUACAAUAUUAAUAUAAUUUCAAGAUUAGUUUGUCGACACAAUCAAUAAACUAGGCUCCAUGCCAUUUGAUCAGGAUUUUUUGUAAGAGACAUUUCCUCACUCCCCCCCCCUUUAAAUUGGAACUAAAAAUUUUGUUCCAAUUUAAAGGGGGGUUAAUUUUUUUUUUAAAAAAAAAUAUCAAUAUAAAAUUUUUUAUAAAAAAUAUAAAAAAUUUCAAAAACUUAUCGAAUUAGAUCAAUAAAUUUGUUUAAUAAAACGCUAUUUACUCUUUAUCCUUUAAAACAAAGCAAGAUAUAACUAAAUUUUCAUUAUUAGUUAAUAUGCCACUAUUAAUUGGUAUCAAAAUUAUUUACACACAAAAAUUAUUAUUUUUAUUGAUAAAAAAAAUUAAAAAAAAAAAAUUUUGGAAAAUUUAUCGAUCAAAGUGCUAAUUUUGUUUUUAAAUAAGAUGUUAUUUAUACUCUAUUCUUUAAAAUAAAGCAAGAAAUAAGUAAAUUUUAAAAUUUUAUAAAGAAUUCCUAUUGAAUUUAUAUCAAAACUAUCCAAAUAAAAAAGAUCAUUUUUAUCAAAAAAAACAAAAAUUUUUUUGAAAAUUUUUAAAAAAAAAAAUAAUUUUUUUUUUAAAAUUUACCAAUUAAGGAUAAUCAAUUUUAUUAAAUAAGAUGCUCUUUAUACUUUUUUCUUUAAAAAAGAGCAAGAUAUAAAUAAAUUUUUAAUUUUAGUUAAGAAGAAACAUUUAACUUAUAUCAAAACUUUUUAGAUAAAAAAAAAUAUAUAAUUUUUUAUUAUAAAAUUAAAUUUUGUUUCCAAUUUAAAGGGGGGUUAAUUUACCAAAAAAGUGGAAAUUUUACCGAUAUUUUGUUCCAAUUUAAAGCGGGGGGAGUCAGGAAAUAUGGUCGAAACUUUUUUGUCUUGUGAGACAUUUGUUUUUUGAAAAACAGUCGAAUUCUGAUCAAAUGUCUUAAGGGGAAAAAAAUCGACGUCCUAGAUGAAAUGUCUCAUUAUCAAAAAGCCUAGAGAAAAAAGUAUGCACCCAUUAAACUAUUUAUCAAUAAAAUGCACAAUAAUUUGUAGCUAAUAAAUGUAGUAAAGCAUAUACAUCGAGGAUCUGCAAGAAAAAGCAGCAAAAUUCAUGAGCUUUUUCGAAAAGUCAGCGAAGUCAAGAUUUCUAAAAGCCAUAUUUCAGAAGUUGAGAAAAGCCAGAACUUAAGCAAUAUUAAAGAUUCUUUAAUCCGCCUAAUGCCAAAAAAGUAUAAACGACAAAUUGUUAAAAAUUUUGAUCCUUUACCGACUUCCAGUGAAGUAAAAUCAAUGGCUACAAAAAUUAAAUUUGAUGCGAGAAGAGUGAAAAAUAGCCUCCAGUUCUUUGGGAUUUAG